ACUGCAACAACAACAACUGAUACUUCAGAACUAACAUCGACACUACUACCAACAGAAAUCACGACUUCUGAAAAAGACACUACAGAGAAUACAUCGCCUACAACUGGGGUUCACAUCCAAGAAGUAACGACGCAAGAGACAGCUGUUACUGAGAUGUCAGACAACGAAAAGAGAACCCUCGGCCAAACUGUUCUAACGUCACCAUCAACAGUGCCACCUACUUCAAACGAUACCUCGAAUUUUAAGGAAGUAUGCGGUCGUCCACAAAAGGCUCCAGUUGGAAGAAUUGUUGGCGGAGAAACUUCAAAUUUUGGACAGUGGCCUUGGAUGAUAUCCCUUCGACAGUGGAAAAAAAAUGAUUUUCUUCACAAAUGUGGAGCUGCUUUACUUAAUGAAUUCUGGGCGAUUACUGCAGCACACUGUGUGGAAAAUGUCCCAUCGUCUCAGUUACUCCUUCGGCUAGGCGAGUACGAUAUUAGCGCGGAAAGUGAACCUCUCAACUACGUGGAACGACGAGUCCAGCUAGUUGCUGCUCAUCCCAAGUUUGACAGGGCCUCGUUUGAAUACGACAUUGCCUUGCUGCGGUUUUACGAACCCGUAAAGUUCCAGAGAAACAUUCUUCCUAUCUGUAUUCCUUCAGAAAAUAACCAAUAUGUUGGCCACUAUGCCACUGUGACUGGUUGGGGUAGACUACAUGAAGACGGCCCUCUACCGAAAAUCCUUCAAAAUGUCAAGGUACCGGUUAUAACAAACAAGGUAUGCAUGGAUAUGUACAAACGAGCAGGCUACAUUGAAGACAUCCCCGAAAUCUUCAUCUGCGCAGGACAAUCUGACGGUAACGUGGAUUCCUGUGAGGGUGAUUCAGGAGGACCGAUGGUGAUUCAAGAAGAUGAACACUGGGUUUUAGCGGGAAUUAUCUCGUGGGGAAUUGGUUGUGCCUUGCCUAACCAACCAGGUGUUUACACUCGCAUCUCAAAAUUUUCUGAUUGGAUUAAUCAAAUUAUUGUGUUCUACUGCUGUAAACUGCCCUCAAACAAACCAACAGGAAUUGGAGCAUUUUCUACUGAUCAGUAUUAUGGUGUAAAACCCGGGCCAUCGCCGCCUCCCAGAAGUGUUUCAGAGUUGUCACUAGAUGGCAGCACAAUUCCGUUCAGGCCUACGACUACGACGCCCUCUCUCGCGACGACAAAAAAAGAUUUACAUGGUGCUAUUUCCCUUGGUAGUUUUUCUAAUAUGAUAAAUAUUAUGAAACCAAAACCCACCAAUACAGCCCAACAUUUCACGAAGAAUUCAUCCCCUACAAGUACAUAUUUGACUACUCUGAAUGCUGAAUAUGGAAGUACAGAUCUUAAUACAUUACCAACACCUGACUCUAUAUUUGUCAAGUCAUCAACAGCUGCGGAUGUAACUGAAAAUUUGCCAAUUUUAACAGUUACUAACAAUAUUGUUAAUGCAAAGACUGACGCGUCGAGAAUUGAUAAUUAUAUCACGAAAACCACGUUAAAUUCUAACUCUACCACAUCACUGGAUUUUACCAUGCUAGAGCUCAAGACACAAGCGGGAUAUUUCAAUAUUACUAACCAAGCUGAAAAUGACACGAAGGAGCAAGUGCUUGGCACAACUGAAAGCUUUAUUGGUCCUACUAAUACAAGCUUCGAAACCUAUUUGAACUCCAAUCAUGCUGAUAAAACAAAAGAAACUACCGACUCCGAUAAUGUUCAUAAAACUAUAAUUACCACCAUGUCUAUAGUCCCUAAUGAGAACACAACCUACCUCACAGUAACGACCCCAGAAUCUUCCGACGAAACAAACUCAAGUGAUCCGAUCCUGCCUCUCACUGAUCAUAAUCCAGUUUCAGGGAUCAAAGACGUUCUUUCUCAGCUAGAGCUAAGCGAUAUAUCAACCGAAAUUAACACCAAACCAAGUCCUGGACAUGAAUUCUACCAGACGACGUCCAUUACAUUUAGUUCCGAUAUAAGAGUAACAGAAACAUCAUCAAAUACCCCCCUCUCUGUUCCAACUGAUCCCGUUCGAUCUGUCAUAACCAUAACUGAAGAAGCAAACGUAGUAAAAGGGCCCACAACGGAAGCUACUUUAGAGUUAGAAACCGGAAACUCGGUACUGGGGAAUAUUUUUUCGAGUUCUAAUGACACUUUCGGUGAUUCUUCAUCUUCUAAUGCAGCUCUAAACCUAGAUAAUGAAUCAACUAUGUAUACCAAUACGGCAACGGUUUUAGAUAAAUCGGACUAUGUCUCAAUGAACCCUAACGAUGAACACCUAACCAUGACAUCACUCUAUACCAUAAAAAGUGAUAAUUCUCAAGCAAUAACAACUACAGAGUCCUCCCAAGUGACAUCACUACCUAGUUCUACACUUUAUAACGUGUUAAAUGACACUUCUACAUCUGUCAUUGUAUCAGAAGACGAUAUUGACAAAGUUAGCAUCAAAUUGUCCGGAGUUACUGACACUGUCAUUGGAAGCACCAGUACUUCAAUGUUUAGUGGUUCUGAGUCCACAGUCGUCGAUAUAUUCACAAAUAAUAAGAAUUCUUCGACCACUACAACAACGGUAAUUAGUCCUUUAAGAACCAAUGUGACAGACGGAACAUCGCACUUCACGAAUGUUGUCACACCACCACCAACAGAGAAUCCCCUUAAUGUAACCACGUUUACAACAACAGAGAAUACCCUUAAGGCAACCCCGUUUACAACAACAGCGAACGUCCCAACAAUAACAGAGUAUCCUCUUAAUUUAUUUUUUCCCCUUUCUUUAGACUGUGGAGUUCGAUCAUUGAGACCCUUCGGUAGGAUUGUUGGUGGCCGUAACACCUACUUCGGGCAGUGGCCAUGGCAAGUUCUGGUGAAGGAAGCAACGUGGUUAGGACUAUUUUUGAAGAACAAAUGUGGAGGAGUACUUGUGAAUUCUAAAUACGUUUUAACAGCAGCUCACUGCCAACCACGGUUUUUGGCAUCUCUGUUAGCUGUACUGGGAGAACACGAUUUCAGCGGGGGUAACGAGUCAUUAAAACCUGUGGUCAAAAAUGUGAAGAGAGCGAUUGUCCACAGAAACUUCAAUAUCCAGACUUUUGAAAAUGAUUUGGCGUUGUUGGAGCUGGAGAGUCCAGUUCAAUUUCAACCCCACAUUGCCCCAAUCUGUCUCCCAGAGAAUGGAGAAGACUUUACAGGAAGAACAGCGUUCGUCUCCGGGUGGGGGAAGCUUUCUGAAGAUGGUCCUGUGCCCCGUGUUUUGCAGUAUGUGCAAGUGCCAAUAGUUAGUAAUAGCAAGUGCAAGCAAAUGUUUCUCGAUGCUGGCCAUGCCAAAGAAAUAAAGGACAACUUUCUUUGUGCAGGCUACGAGACCGGAGGAAGGGAUUCUUGUGAAGGCGAUUCUGGAGGACCGUUGAUGUUACAGAGAGAUGAUGAACGAUGGGUUCUGGUUGGAACAGUUUCUCACGGUAUUCAGUGUGCAGAACCCAACCUACCUGGUGUCUACAUGAGAACAACAGCCUACAAAUCCUGGAUUGAAAGCACAACGCAACAAUUCAGUGAAAGAGGAUUUAUUCGGGACUUAUUUGGGUUGCGUCAACGUCCACUGCUGGUCAGACAAAGUAUUUUCUCUCCCGAUGAGUGUGUUGGAGGUAGUCAAUGUGAAUUUACACUUUACUGUGUGAUGUCUGGUGGUCAGCUGGGGGCAUCUUGUGGUCCGUUGUUUUCAUGUUGUGUCCAUCCAGCGGAUGAGAGGAAUAAUCCGGUAUAUUAUGGACCAGUACAUAAUGACCCAUAUUGCGGUCGAAGUGCAACAAGCAUCAAUCGAGUCGUGGGUGGAAACGACGCCUCAUUCGGACAGUUUCCUUGGCAGGCGCUGAUUCAUGUGAAAGGUAGUCGUUGUGGUGGCGCUUUAGUUGGUCGACGUCAUGUUGUCACAGCUGGUCAUUGUGUAGCCAAAGUACAGCACGCGCCCUAUAAAAUCCAAGUAAAUCUAGGAGACUAUGUUCUCAACUCGAAGGUAGAGGGACUACCGAAUGAGAAGUUUGGAGUGAUUGAUGUACGGCUGCACCCUAACUUCAGAUUCACCCCUCAGGCGGACAGGUUCGAUGUAGCCGUAUUAAUCCUAGACCGGCCAGUGCAGUAUAGAGCUAACAUCCGUCCUAUUUGCCUUCCUGAGAAGAAUGCUGACUUUCUUGGCCAGAUGGCGUACGUUACAGGCUGGGGGGCACUUGAACCAGGGUCGAAACUUCGUCCGAAAGUUUUGCAACACGUGCCUGUUCCUGUUAUUAACAACCGUGUGUGCGAAAUGUGGCACGGUCUACAAGGAAUCCACAUCCAGAUCCACGAGGAGAUGAUGUGUGCUGGCUACGAAUUUGGAGGCAGAGAUGCUUGUCAGGGUGAUUCAGGUGGUCCGUUAAUGGUGAACAAUUUUGGAAUCUGGUAUCUAAUUGGAGUUGUAUCUGCUGGCUACUCUUGUGCGAAACAACACCAACCUGGAAUUUAUCACCGAAUCAGUAGUUCUUCUGAUUGGAUAUCAGCGAACAUGGUUUAAAUGCUUAU